AGGGUGCCACAAAGGACUAACUUUCCCCAGAGUUGAAGAUGUUCCUUGAAAUUAUAUUGUUCACAUUACUGUCAUCAGCUUGGAGCUUGCAGUGCUAUGAGUGCCAGGGACUCAUUGAUAAUUGCUUAAUUUCACCAGUAACAUGUAAACCUCAAGAGCCGUACUGCAUUCUGAAAGCUUACAGGGUCAUUGCAGGUGGAAUAACUACUGAUUACCUCAUGAAAAGCUGUUCUACAGGAUUGGAGUGUGGUCAGAAUACAACACUGUACACCGGGUAUCAGGCUAUCUAUGCAACAUCCACAUGCUGCGAGUAUGAUUUCUGCAAUGCUGGUGCCAUUCAAAUUACUGUAUUCUCCAAUUACCUGCAGUGUUAUUCCUGCACUGGUUACAAAGAAGAUUCCUGCACAUCUAGCAGUGCAAUAAACUGCAUUGGAGUUGAAAACCAAUGUGUGGAUGUUUCUACUCUCGUGGCAUCUGGGAGCUCUACUACAAGUAGUAUUAUAAAGGGCUGUGGAAAUGGUGCCUUCUGCAAUGAUCUGCAAGCUUAUAAUACAGGAGACUCAUUCUCAGUCGUAAAUGUGACCUGCUGUAACACAGCAAAGUGUAACAAUCGUCAGUUCUCAGCAUCAUUACCAACUAAUAUUAAUGGCAUCAGAUGCUACAGCUGUUAUGAAACGGGAAAGAACGAAUGCUCUGCUAAUAACAAAAGCCAGGUGAACUGCACAGGUGGUCUGUAUCGCUGCAUGGAGGUUUUAGACAAUAACAAUGGCAAACAAGUUGCACUCAUGAGGGGCUGUGCAACCGAGUCAUUUUGCAGAGGAGUAAUUCCAAGUUUAACUGUACCACAGUCACAGCAAGUUCUCUGCUGUACUGGGAAUUUGUGCAACAACUGGAUUUUCAAUGGGUACCAGCAGACUGGAAAGGGCCAUUGUCUGCAGACUCUCAACAUCCUGUAUCUAUUAAUUCUGCUACUGCCUUCUGUCACCGUACUGUGACACUAUGCUUCAAAACAUCUACCUGCUUAGUUGCACUUAAAAACAUGCACUCACAUGUAGGACCACACUGAGUAUGCAUCCACAAUUCUGUAUAUUUACACCUAUUUUUUUAUUUAACCAUGUCAACUCAAUAGAAAGAAGUAACUUUUUUCUAGAACAACCUGUGAGCUCCAUUUAAUUAAAUGACUUGCUUGAGUCACGUGGCAGACAAAUACAGACAGAGGGAAUCAAACCCAGGAUCAAAGUGUAAAGCUCACUAUCAGCUCAUGGCCUUAACUGUCUAAGCUAAACUGCCAGAUGAUUUCAUAUCCAUAGUAAUGUAUUUCUUUUUCCUCGCCUGAUUUUGCUAAUGAGACUGGAUGUUUGGAUACAGGACAACUUGCAAAUAAAGACAGUAAACCUUCA